UACCGUAGUUAUCGAAUCGUUGGAUUGCUAAAUGAAGUCAUUCGUCCUCUUAAAAAACCUGAGGGAAAAGGAUGGAAUGCUCUUGUAGUCGAUCGACUGGCAAUGCGUAUGCUUUCCGCUUGUUGCAAGAUGCACAACAUCAUGGAAGAUGGUAUUACGAUUGUCGAGGAUCUGGCGAAGAGAAGAGAACCACUUCCUAGUCUAGAAGCUAUCUACCUCAUUGCUCCAACCAAAGAAUCGAUUGAUCGUUUGAUUGCGGAUUACACCGUACGUAAUCAGUACAAAUGUGCCCAUGUGUUUUUCACGGAAGCUUGUACUGACACGCUGUUUUCCGAACUAUCUCGCAGUGCUGCCGCUCGCUAUAUUAAAACGUUGAAGGAAAUCAAUAUCGCUUUCACUCCUUACGAGAGUCAGGUGUACACGUUAGACUCACCCGACACCUACUUUCUUUAUUACAAUGCCCAGAAGCAAGGAGGGUUAACAUCCAAUCUUGAGCGUAUAGCCGAACAGCUUGCCACGGUCUGUGCCACUUUGGGAGAAUAUCCUUCUCUGCGGUACCGAGCUGAUUUUGAGAGGAAUGUCGAACUGGGUCAUCUUGUUGAACAAAAACUAGAUGCCUAUAAGGCUGAUGAUCCCACGAUGGGAGAAGGGGCUGACAAGGCUCGCAGUCAACUUCUAAUCAUAGAUCGUGGUUUCGAUGCUGUUACUCCACUGCUUCACGAAUUGACACUGCAAGCAAUGUGCUACGACUUGCUUGGGAUUGAAAACGAUGUUUACCGUUACGAAACGGGUGGAAAUGACAGCAUUGAGAAGGAGGUUCUUCUGGAUGAAAAUGACGACCUGUGGGUUGACACUCGUCACAAACACAUUGCUGUAGUUUCUCAAGAGGUCACGAAAGGUCUGAAGAAGUUCAGCGAUACUAAGGCAGGCUUCAAAGCAGACGCGAAAUCGAUCAAAGACUUGUCCAUGAUGAUCAAGAAGAUGCCGCAACAUCAGAAGGAACUGAAUAAAUUCAGUACCCACUUCCAUUUGGCUGAAGAAUGCAUGCGCCAGUAUCAAAGCGGUGUGGAUAAGCUGUGCAAAGUGGAGCAGGAUCUCGCCACACAAGUUGAUGCUGAAGGGGAACGUGUGAGGGAUCCGAUGAAGUUGAUGGUGCCACUAUUGAUCGAUCCGGUUGUGAAGACCGAGGAUAGGCUGAGACUUAUUCUCCUCUACAUUCUUAGCAAAAAUGGGAUCACUGACGAAAAUCUCAACAAACUUCUGCAACAUGCCAAUAUAGCCAUGGCCGAAAAGGAAACCAUCACGAAUGCGGCUUUCCUAGGAUUAAAUAUUACUACAGAUCAAGGUAGAAAGAAGGUGUGGACGCCUAUGCGAAAAGAACGACCGAAUGAACAGGUGUACCAGUCGUCGAGAUGGGUUCCAGCUCUGAAAGAUAUAAUGGAAGACGCAAUUGACGAUAAACUUGACACGAAACACUUUCCAUUCCUUGCCGGUCGUCAAACUAACCAGCCAUUCAGAGCGCCGACGUCAGCACGUUAUGGACAAUGGCACAAGGAACGCGGGCAGCAAGCCCAGUACCGUAGUGGUCCACGUUUGAUUGUGUUCGUUAUUGGAGGGCUGACAUACUCUGAAAUGCGUGCAGCAUAUGAAGUAACUCAAGCCAAGAAACCUUGGGAAGUAAUCAUAGGAUCUGAUCAGAUCAUCACCCCGGAAAAAUUCCUAGCCAAUCUUCGCGAUUUGAACAAACCCAGAGAGCAAUGA